CAAUCAGCAUUUAAGCCUGCUGAGCCCUGAGCCCCAUCUUCUGUUUGGCAACUCCAAGGCAGGUGAGUACCGGCAGAAAAACAAACAAAGAGUUAAUUUUAAGCAAACAAAAUUAACUUUAAGUUGAUAUAAAUACAUAUGGUGACUAAAUGUGCAUGCUAAGAAACAGAGUAAAUGUAUCCAAAUCAACUAAUAAACGUUUUUAUUGAAACUAAAGUGUUGUGUUUGUAUGAAAAAAUAAAUUGUGCGUAAAAGAGUUACCGACAUAGGAGUGUGGCCAUGGAUUUGGCUAUCACAUUGACCAAUAAAGUGCAGUCCACAAUUUUUAGUAUGUGUGAUAAAUGUAUAAAACUAAUGUGUUGCUGCACUUGUUUGCUAAAAUUGAAUAAUCUUUUAUGAUGGCAUUAACUUGCACUGUUUGUUUUUUGUUUAUUAUUUUUUAAAUAAUUCAAGUUUUAGUUUGAAUACAUUUUGACACAGCUGUAAAUUCUCCUACACUGAGUAAGAUUUUCAAUAUUUUCAAUAUUGUAUAUUUGCUUUUAUAUCAGUUUAUAUGUUUCUAAUUUGUAACCAUUGAAAAUGGGAAAGACAAAAAGACAUGCUAUUCAGAUAAGGGAUAUACAGUAGGUGCUUAUUGUCGCUAUUAUGGUCACUGACCUCUAGGGGCUCUCUUCGUGUUUCAGUUCUACCUGGCUGCCACAGGUGCAAUAUGUUGGAGCUCGUCAGCCACCCCUUAAGGAGCUACAACCAGGGAUGUCAGGUCCCUUCUUUUUCCCUGGGCCUUGAUCUGACGUGAUCUUGUCUGUGAGCUGAUUGUUUGUGGGGACUUAAAUGAUUUUGCUGUGAGCAAUUUGUGAAGUAUCAAGUGUCUAAAGUUUUGUUUCUAUUCACAGUGGAAGCUGGAGUCUUCGUUAAGACCAUGAAUGUUUACUCAGUGUUCCCAAACCAAAGCAUGGGUUCACACAUGAGAGAGCUCCUUUCUUUCUGGAUAAUUCUGACUUUCUUCUCAUCUAAAACAUCAGGUUUAGCGUGCAGCAGUACUUUGACAAACUGCUGUUCAGAUGUCAACCAGUCCUGCUUCCAGGUCUUGCCUUACUCCAGCUCCAUGCUGGGAGGAAGAGCACUUAGGAUCCUCGGUUUGACUCUUCCUCCCGAUGGUCGACUUCUCUGCAGGUUCAAAGGUGAAAUUGAACAGCAGGGGAUUAUUGAUGAAGAAGGUCAUCCGUACUGCAUAGCUCCUCUGUUGUAUGAAACGGGCUGGAUAUCGUUUGAUGUUUCGACAGAUGGUACAGAUUUCAACAGAUCUGGAGAGUUUCUGUCAGUCCAUCCCAGUAAAGCAGAUCCCACAUUUGAAGUCACCCUUGUGAAUUCAACACUGUGGCAGAACUAUGGCACUCCGAACAUGGCCGGACAGCUGAGGAUGACCUGGAACAGCUCUUUAAUCAAAUCCGAGAGAGUCAAUGUAGAGCUGUGGGGUUACAGAGAGGUCAGCAGGAGCCCUGCAGGGUCGUCCUCUCUGCAGGCAGAGAUUAGUUACCUGUACUCUCUCGGCAGGAAUAUUUCCAACACAGGUGACUUCAGCUUCAUUCCUCAACCCAGAGAAAGGUUUUCCACUUGGGAAUUGGGGAAUAUUCGAAUAACUGCCAGUCCUAAAUCAGAGGGAGAAAGGAACGUACAGUCCCUGUGGAGUGGAGGCCAUGUUCUGGCCUGGCACCUGGAGCAGUCCUUCAGAGACGAUUCGUCAGCCUGGGCACAGAGGAAGUGUCUGCAAUGGGAUGACCUGGAGAGGAAGCUGCCUGACUUCCUGGACGAGCUCAUCGACUGUCCCUGUUCCCUGGCUCAGGCCCGUGCAGACACGGGAAGGUUUCAUACUGAUUACAGCUGUAACAUUGAGAUGGGCAGUGUGUGUACGUACCACCCUGGUAGUGUCCACUGUGUCAGAGCCGUUCAGGCCAGUUCAAGUCAUGGAUCAGGGCAGCAGUGUUGCUAUGACAACACAGGUGCUCUGGUCCUGACAGGGGACUCGGUUGGUGGCAGCACCCCGGACCGUGCUCACGUCUGGGGCUCGCCGCCAUACGGGGAGCCCCCUCGGGUUCCUGGGUUCUCCCACUGGCUUUACGACGUGACGAGCUUCUGCUACUGCUGCCUGUGGAGCGACCUCUGCCACAUCUACCUAAACCAUCGGCCUUCCACUGGAUGUCGCAGAUACCAGCCACCCAAAGCAGGUGUUGUUUUCGGGAAUCUGCAUUUUAUAACGUUUGACGGCCUCAGCUACACCUUCAGCGGCAGAGGAGAAUAUUACCUGUUGCUGUCAACAGACAAAAACCUGAGUGUUCAGGCCAGAACAGAACAGCUGAAACUUAAGAAUGGGACUUUAGUCAGAGCUACCCAGCUGUCAUCAGUGGCCAUGCAGGAGAACUCCUCUGAUGUCAUUGAGGUACGAACUGCUGGCGACCAUCUUCAGGUGCUGAGGAACCAGAAGAUUCUGUCUUUUACUGAGCAAAGAUGGAUGGAUCUGCAAGGUGUUUUUGUAUUUGUUCCCAGUCCUCAGAAUGUGACGGUAAUCUUUUCCUCUGGUGCUGCUGUGGAGCUCCGUCUGUAUGAUGCCACCAUGACGGCUACCGUCCUGCUUCUAGUGGAGUUUUCCAACCUCACCCUGGGUCUCCUUGGUCGGAUGAACUCUGAUCCGUCCGAUGACUUAAUGACCCGGUCAGGAGAGGUCAUAUCAUCUAACGCCACACUGGAGGAAAUCUUUACCUUUGGAGCUGAAUGGAACAUAUCAAACAUGUCUUCCCUUUUCACCUAUGACUCCCACUACCUUUUGGAUUCAUAUUUUUUUCCAUUAAGCCACGACCCUGCUUUUGUUCCGGCCUUUUCUCUGCCUCUGAAACCUGAUGACCCCUUGGCAGCAGACAUGUUGUCGAUGUGUUUGGGAGAAGGGGCGCAGUUCUGUAUACAUGAUACCCUUAUCUCUCGGAGCCUGGCGGUGGGAAACGCCACACUCAGGGCCCAUCAACAUCAUCAGGCCUUAAUGGAAGCCCUGAAGCCAGUGGUAUCAUGUGGCUGGCUUCCCGCACCCAGGAAUGGGAAGAAGAAUGGAACACAUUACCUGCAGGGGAAAACCCUGGGCUUCACCUGCAAUGAAGGCUACAUACUGUACAGGUCAACAGAGCGCACCUGUCUGAAGGAGGGGACAUGGACAGGGGAGCAGCCCUACUGUAUUACAGAUGAUAAAGUGGGGUUGUUUCUUGGGGCUUUUGGAUCCUUCUCAGCAUUGGUCACCAUGGUAAUAACAAUAAAACUACACAACAGAAAGCAAACCAGAGAGAGAAAACAGGAACCUCUGGAGAUGGUGACCCAAACACAGACUUGAUUAACCUUCAACGCCCUCUUGGAUUAUGGAGGAUCGUUCUGUUUUGAACUCAGCAGUUGGAACUAACAUGAAACUCAUUUGCCCAUUUGGAUGUUGUUGUUUUUUUGUUCUUUUGACCCAUUGAUGUUAUCAGAAAAGCCUGAGGCAUUAACUUUCAGGCAUGCUGCUUGGCCUCAUGUUUUCUCCCAUGUUUAGUCUGGAGAAACUCCAGGUUGUGGCAAAUGGUGCGUGGGGUGACAACUGUGGCAACCAAAGUGAGGAGGAAAAACAAGAGAAAAAAGUUUUCAUAUCACAGAUUUGCAUGGCCAAACGGUUGAUUUUGUCAAGAAAGAAAGUUGUAUAAAUACUACAAGGCGAUAUCAUCUUCACCAUCAACACUCCGUUCUCCCUGCUGGUUUAAAAUGGGACCAGAUGUGUUCUUGCUCAUGUCAACUGUGUAGCGAACCCAAUCGUUUUUCGGUUGAACAACUUUGAACUUGUACACAGGGUUUGUGUGGCCUCAAAUGCUUCAGUCAAACGAAGAGUUUGCUGAGUGACUGAGGGAGGGAGAGAAAAAAAAAACUCCCCCAGUGUUACAUAAAGGUCAGCCUAUUACACCGUAUCGACACUUUGUUUGUGAAUCUUUGUUCUGUUUCAUAUUUGCAUGAAAAUAAUGAUGGAGCAAAAGUUUCUAUAAACACUUGAAAACAGCAAGGCAAUAAAUAAUACUGUGUUUGACA